AUGUCACUCCAGUCCUCCAACUUGAAAGAGCAAUACGUUCCCUUGAGCCAGAUCAGAAGACCGAUCCCACCGGUUCUAGACCAACAGAAAAUCGAUGCUAUGGUCUCCACGUUGAAAGGAACGCCAACGGCGUCUGCCACAUGCUCUCUUGAAAAUAUAACGGCGGGAGAACUUCCGCCAGUGGACGUUUUUCUUGUGCGAGAGCAGGGAAAAAGCUUCUACUUUGCUUUUGGCGGAUGCCAUCGUUUCCAGGCCUACGACAAGCUUUCUCAGGAGGGAGAGGAGCCCAUGGUGAAGGCCCGGAUCUUACCUGCGACACGAGACACUUUGCGGGUGUACUUGGGUGCGUCGGUGGACGAGAUGUUUGGAAAGAAUGAAUGA